GCAUUUCAGAAAAGGUACUAGCAAAAAAAUACAGUUUGGACAGGGCAGUUUCAGAUUUUGACAAGAUGUGUAUGAAAAAAUAUACAACUUUUUGUAGAAUAAAUAUGAAGAGUAAACUAUGAGCAACUGAGUUCAAAUGCUUAGGACCAGGCUUUUAAAAGAACACAGCACACAUUGGCUCUAAAUACACAGACCAGAUUUUCAAGAAUGCUCAACACUGAUUAACUUCUGGGUGCUGAGCACUUUUUAAAACUGCCAGAGUGCUAAGGUGCCAAAUGAGAUCUGGGCUUUUUUGAAAACUUGGCCCUUAUUUAGCUCAAUUGUCACCCCCCUAUAUGAGAGCAGAGGCAGAUUCAACAGAAAUUAUUUUAAGUUCCUAAAGGUUUUCUGCUGGCAUAGUAAUUACUGUGUUUCCAUUUCUGUUAAUGACAUCUAAGAACUGGAAACACAAGCAGUGGUGGGGGAUUAAGUAAUUAGGGAGUAUUAGAUGCAUUUGAAGAUCAGGGUCAUAGAAAAAGAGGAGAGAGAGAAAGAGCUGUGGGCUGCUUGUCUGCCUGACAGUUAUAAAAUAUUCUUCUUAUCCACAGCUUGGAAGCUGUAAAGGACAGAGCUUCACACUACAGAUUGGCUAUUCUUUAUUGUUCCCAGUUUGGAGAUCUGUGGUUUUUAUGGAGUCCCUAAAUCAACACCUGGAAUGUCUCAAACUCUUUGGAGAUGAAACUGAAGGUCAGAUCCUUGAAAGUCUAAAUGGGAUUCUUCUGGCUCUUGCCGAAAACAGGCAAAGAUCCUCCAGCUUACUCACGGACACUGGGAUUUUCCCAACUUUAGCUCAAAUUCUCAAAGGCAAUCCAAGCUGUGCAGUAAAGGCAGCCCAGGUGAUUGCAGAGAUAGCAAAGAAUGAGGAAAUGAAGAAGCCAUGUAUCGAUGCAGGUUUGGUUCUAGCUUUGGUGCCUCUGCUGGAAAGCACGGACCAAGAGAUGUUGCUUCAUGCUGGGAGAGCCAUUGGCCGCAUCUGCUAUGAAAACAGUGACCUUCAGGAGCAGUUGGUGGAGACAGGAGUGAUCACAUCACUGGUCAGGAUAUUAACUGACUACCCAGACAGUGAGCCACUUGUCCAUGUCAACUUGUUGGCCUUAUGCAAUCUUGCAAACCUAGAGAUAGCUAAGGAGGCGCUAAGCAAGACAAAGGUUACUGAACAUCUAGUGAAGCAGCUGAGAAGGGCAGAGAAUCAUCAGAGGAUAGAAACCAUCACUGAGGUUCUACAGCUGCUAGCAGAGAAUGAUGCUUUGAAAGUGCAAAUGGUAGAGGCCGGUGUGCAUGAGGCACUGUCAGAGAUCCUGCUGAGGCUCCAGGGCAGUUCACAGGCAGAAGAUAUGUGCAGUGUGAAGGCUGCAUCAAAUCUCAUUGUCUCUCUGCUCCUUGGAGAUGAAUCCAUGCAGAAGAUGUUUGCUAAUGGAUGUGGCAUUAUUUACCAGAAGGUUGGUACCUGGCUUGCAUCCAAUCACCCCCAGCUGCAGCUGACAGGAGCACUGGCUGUUGCUAACUUUGCCAGGAAUGAUGGCAACUGCGUACGGAUGGUGCAGCUGGGAGUGGUACUUCAGCUUUUGGACCUUUUAGAGCAACACGUGGACAAUGGGGACGUUUCUGUCCAACAUGCUGCACUGAGUGCCCUUCGAAAUCUUGCUAUCCCAGUUGCUAACAAGGUUCAGAUGCUGGAGGAAGGCGUAGCAGAGCGGAUCCAGAUGCUUUUGAGAUCAGAGAUGGCUCCUGUGCAGUUUAAACUUCUUGGAACACUACGGAUGUUAAUAGAUGGUCAAGCUGACACUGCAGAGAUGCUGGGACAGGACCCCCUGCUGAUCAACAGACUUGUGCAAUGGUGCGAUGCCCAGGAACAUGCUGGUGUUCGUGGAGAAGCAAACCGAUUGCUGGCAUCACUCGUGCGGUACAGCAGAUCCCAAGAAGUGGUCAAAGCCAUCCAGCAGGCACAAGGAGUGAAGCACCUGGUUUCCAUGACAACAAGCGAACAUGUUAUCAUGCAGAAUGAAGCUCUGAUUGCACUGGCCAUAGCAUCUGCAAUUCAUUUAGAAAUCAUCAAAGAUUCACUUAAGGAGUCAAGGCUAGUUCAAAGCUUACAUAAGCUUCUACAAGAUGAGUGCACAGGUCCUGAGGUGAAAUAUAAUUCAAUGGGCCUCCUGUGCAGCCUUCUUAAUUCAGGUGAUUUGAAACAAGAAGUAGAAGAGGACAACAUUAAAGAAACCUUGGAAAAACUUUCUAGCCAUAGCAAUGCAAAUGUGGUCAAGCAGGCUGUAAUGACCCUCCAGAUACUGAGAGAUGAGAGUCAAAACACUGGCUUUGUUUCUCCAUAGCUGUGGGUGCUGCUCUUCUGUCUGGCAGCUGGGGUAUUUCAAGAAAGUGUUAUCUUUUGCCAACAGCCACCAUAUUUAUCAUGUUGAUGUUCACUAAAUGCUAGUAAACAGUGCAGGCUACAGCUCUUGUUGACAUGUAGGGCCUCAUUUUUAAAACUGUACAUGGAACACUGUAUAUCCAUUUGUACAUCUAGCUUACACUCACAUCGUUUUACUUCAGCUUCAUGUACUCACAGGCAAUCCAGGGCUGUAACUACACUACAGCAGGGACACCCCCUAUGGCAGGGACAAGGGCAAGGAGCUGCCUCCUCCCUCCAUAGAAACUGCAAUAAAGAUCUUUCUUCCCCUGCCCCCUCAUUCCCCUCAGGCCUAGCACUUGUGGCAAUAUGUGCCCUUCAGCCCUCUGGGGAAGAGGGCUGCAGCAGCAGAGGUCCUCUCCACUCCCAGUCUUACACCCUGGCUGCUGUGGUAAUGUUUGAGAAGUGGCCCAGGACCACCGCAAAUUUUUCUUCCCAACAUGCACAGAAUCCUCUGCUGGGCAGUGUUGGCAGGAUGCCUCAGAGCUGAGAGUCUUCAUAUGCACAAUGUGAGAUGGAUAGAGCAGUUCACACUCUCUGGGCUUUCAGAAUGUCUGCUGACUCAUUAUGUGACUCAUUAGAAUGAUUCUCUUUUUAAACUAAGAACCCUUUAUGCUGAUCUAGCAGAGUAAACUGGCCCUAAAAGUGGAAGUAAGUUGCAUUUACAUUCCUUUAAAGGCUCUUUUACAGCACCAGAGUAGCUCUGAUGUCUCAGAUUGUUUUCCUCCCUAAUUACAGCUGCUUUCCUGAUCAUGAUGCAUGACCAAAUGUCUUUUUAAGGAAUAAAUUUCAGUAACUGCAUGGAUAUACUAGGUUGUGUUUUGUUUUAAAUUUUCCAUGGUUAUGCGUAUUGUUCCUGGGGAAAGGACCGCCCCCAUACUCCUUGCAGUAUACUUCACUACAUUACUAACUGCACCAACCGAGAGGGGCCAAGCAUCUACAACUGCAUUAGAUGCUCCAAGAGACACUGCCACAUGUCAGAUUUUAUAAGGUGACAUGGGACCAAUUCUGCCCCCCCACUUGCCAGAUCAGAAGCAUAAAGGGACAGGACUGUGCUGUAAGGGGCUGGGAAGAACUCGACUCCUUCACAGUCUAGGGCUGCCAUGAACAGACCUACCCUGUCCUUCUCUGAAUCCCUGGCACAGGGGACAGACGCAUCCAGGGUGAGAGAGAGAAUCUCCACAGUCCACGUCAUUAUGAAGAUUCUGGACCAGUUCAUGGACAGCCCACAUGAAACUGUUGUGAAUUGGAGCAUCCCUCAGAGUAAAUCAAACAUUUGUACCCUAGAACAAACAUUUGUGGAAUAUUUAGAUUAAACCUUCACAAAAGGUGUUAGUCAGUUCCAGCUAAUUAGCAAUCUCUCAACUCAGGGCUUGUCUACAUCAGAAAAUUGCAGCGCUGGUGAGGGAGUUACAGCGCUGCAACUUUG